AUGUUUGCUCCAAAGACCUUGUUCUUCCGUUCUCUCGGAUCUCUCCAGGUAUUUUUUCAAUUUUAUUGCUCACUUUUGCCUUUAGAAGCGUCUAAACAGCACUUUGGUUGUGGCCGAGCAUGAUGAUCAGGCUUUGGGUGCGAUUACCCUGAACACGAUCACUGCUGCGCAGAAGAUCGGCCACGAAAUUAGCGUGCUGGUGGCUGGUGCCAACAGCAAGAAGGUGGCGGAGCAGGCGGCCAAGAUUCCGAAUGUUAAGCGGGUUUUGGUCGCGGAAGACGCGCAGCUCAAGGAUUUGUUGCCCGAACGCGUGACAGAAGUGGUUCUGGAGGCGCAGAAGAAGAACAACUUCACCCAUAUUUUGGCCGGAGGAUCGUCGUUCGGACGUGGGGUCCUUCCAAGAGUUGCCGCGAAGCUGGAUGUGAGCCCAAUCUCGGACAUCAGCGCGGUUCAUUCGCCCGACACCUUCACCAGAACCAUGUAUGCCGGAAAUGCGGUUGCUAAGGUAAGCACGGGAUAUUUUGAGUAUUAAAUUUGGUCUUAUUAGUUGGAUAAUGGACUGUUACUGCUUUAAAAAACUGUUUGGAGCAAAGUCAGAUCAACAUUAAGGUUGCCGGACCUUAUUUUAGAUUGUCCUUGGAGGUCUGAAUAAAAGUCGUGUAAAUGGGUUAAUAUUUUUGAUAAAAGUAAACCUUAUAUAUCAUUUGAAAGCUUAUUUCUUGCGGUUUUAGAAUUACUAGGUUAAAUUUUUUUACCUUUUGGGAUUUUUAUGUUAUUCAUCAUUGAAGUUGAGCACUUCUUUGGUCAUGGAUAAUAUCGCAAAAUCUUAGAUUUUUUGGCUUUUAUAGUAAAUUCAUGUGGUGUUCGACAAGUAAAAAGAUUUUACUCGAACUUUAAGCUUUUCUAGUUGUUUAAUUUAUAGUAUUAGACUUGUUAUUCCAAAAAUUUUUUAAAAAAUCCGAAUUUUUAAAACAAUUCCACCAUUCUAGGUAAAAUCCAGCGCCAAAGUCAAGAUUCUCACCGUGCGUGGAACUGCGUUCGAGGCCAGCGCCGCUGAUGGAGGCUCCGCCGCCACCGAAGCCGCCGAAGUUGGGAAAUUGAACACCGAAAUCAGCGAGUUCGUCAGCCAAGAGCUCUCCAAAUCCGAUCGCCCCGACCUCCAAACCGCGAGGAUUGUGAUUUCGGGCGGACGAGGCCUCAAAUCCGGCGACAACUUCAAGCUCCUCUACGAAUUGGCCGACAAAUUGGGCGCCGCCGUUGGCGCGUCGAGAGCCGCCGUUGACGCCGGCUUCGUUCCCAAUGACAUGCAAGUCGGCCAGACCGGAAAGAUUGUGGCUCCGGUAGGUUGGAUUUUCUUUUUUGAGCUUCCGUUUUUAGGAUCUCUACAUUGCUGUGGGCAUCUCUGGCGCCAUCCAACAUUUGGCUGGCAUGAAGGACUCGAAGGUCAUUGUUGCCAUCAACAAGGACAAGGAAGCGCCCAUCUUCCAGGUGGCCGACUUCGGCCUCGAAGCCGACCUCUUCAAGGCCGUCCCCGAACUCACCGCCGAGCUCAGCAAGUAA